AUGGCUACCAGGGAGAGGCAGCCUCGCCAGCCUUCAUUCUCUUCCUCUCUUCUCGACUCCAUUUAUCAGUCCUUCGACGAGCAAGAAAUGGAUCAUUUUGAUCUUCACAGAAAAAACAGUGCUGUACGAGUUGAAAAUGAAAUCCGAAGUUUUCGACGAGCAAUCAUGAUUGAAAAAUGGAUGGAAAAUUACAGAAGCAGCAGCAGGGUUCCAACUCCGAGGUAUUUCACAUCCAAUUCAAGCUCAUCAACAGAUUCAAGCAUGUUUUCAUCUUCCAAAUCCACACCAAAAUUAUCAGCUGUUUACUUUGAUCAGAAACAGAAACAGCAGCAAGAUCAAAUACCUGUCAUAGAGAAACCUGGAAAGAUUUUACAGCCUGAGAAAAAAUCGAAUCGCCAAGGUAGAUUCACUAAAACAAAAUUAAGUGCAUUGAAGAUUUAUCGAGAUUUGAAGAAGGUAAAAGAGCCGAUUUCACCAGGCUGUAAAAUUACCAACUUUUUAAAUUCCAUUUUCAGCCCAAGAAAGUUGAAGAAAAGUCAGGUUAUGGAGGAACGGAGUUCAGCAAGGAAGUCUAGAUCAAUGAAAGACACAACAACAUGUUCAUUGGCUUCAAGAUCUUGCUUAAGGCAAACACCAAGAGGAAAUAAAUCGAAAAGGUUUGGAAUUGGAGCACAUGAAGAAGAAUUGCCAGUGUAUGGAACCACAAGUCUCAAGGCAAUUGCCAGUGGAUUUGUUAUGUAG